AUGCUGGAGCAGGAGAACCAGGAGAAUGUCCCCCCGCCGGGCGGCAAAGCAGCAGCAGCGGCGGCGGUGCCGCCGCCGCCCGCCGGCCCCCGCGUGGCGCUGGGGGUGCUGCGGGGCGCGCAGGAGCGCCCGGGGCUCUCGCUGCAGGCGGCGCGGGGCGGCUGCGAGGGCCACGGAGCGGCGGCGGCGGCAGCGGGGAAGCACCAGCCCUUCUCCAUCCAUGUGGACGAGCCCGAUGGGGAGCGGGAUCGGCGGCCGCGGGUCGCCCCGGCGGGGCGCAAGGAGGAUGCGGCUCUGGGGCUCCGUGCGGCCGUGUGUGCCCUGGGGGAGCGGCGGCCCCUGGCCCCCCUGGGCAACGCCAUGGAGCUGAGCUUCGACUCUCCAAGUAUUAUGGAUAUUUCAAUAACCUCAGAACCAGAAGAGACAAAACCAAACGUUAAUAACGUGUCAGACUAUAUCAGCGAAAUCCAUACGUACCUUAGGGAAAUGGAGGUGAAAUGCAAGCCUAAAAUAGGCUACAUGAAGAAGCAACCUGACAUCACAAACAACAUGCGGGCUAUUCUUGUGGACUGGCUGGUGGAAGUUGGAGAAGAAUACAAACUACAGAACGAAACCCUGCACUUAGCUGUAAACUACAUUGAUAGGUUUCUUUCUUCAAUGUCUGUUUUGAGAGGAAAACUUCAGCUUGUGGGUACCGCAGCCAUGCUGCUUGCAUCAAAGUUUGAAGAAAUCUACCCUCCCGAAGUAGCCGAGUUUGUCUACAUCACGGAUGACACCUACACCAAGAAGCAGGUUCUAAGGAUGGAGCACUUAAUUUUGAAGGUUUUGUCGUUCGACUUGGCAGCUCCAACGAUCAACCAGUUCCUCACCCAGUACUUCUUACAUGAGCAGACAGACGCUAAAAUGGAGAGCCUGUCAAUGUACCUCGGGGAGCUGAGUCUAAUUGAUGCUGAUCCUUACCUGAAAUACUUGCCAUCAGUUAUUGCUGCUGCAGCCUUUCUUCUAGCAGACUACACGCUCACUGGACGAACUUGGCCUGAAUCCCUGUGCAAAGUAACUGGCUACACCCUUGAAGACAUCAAGCCUUGCCUCGUGGACCUACACAACACCUACCUCAAAGCAGCCCAGCACACGCAACAGUCCAUAAGGGAAAAGUACAAGAGUACCAAGUACCAUGAAGUAUCGCUUAUUGACCCGCCAGACACACUAAACUUAUUGUAAUAAUCAAGAGACUGAUCUUUUUGAGAGAUGUAUAUUACCAGGAAAUGAUGUACAGUUUUAAACAUGGUUCAGAAUUCUAGAUGUGAUCACUCAGAAUGCAGGCUUUGACGACUUUAAUUAUGAAGUUAGUUUUAUGAGGGUUUAAUGUAAAUCUUUUGUACAUGCGAUCUUGUUAAAGAGUUUUAACCGUGUUUUUAUCCAAACGUUCUCUUCAGGCACAGAAUUAACCAUGCAGACCGUGUGAAGUCUGAGACUGCCUAACUACUUAUAGCCUAAACGUUAAUAUUAGGGGUGCACUAUUAUAAGUGGGGCUUUUUCUCCUUCUGGGUAAGAAAGACUUGGACUCCACAGCAGUAUUUGUAGCAUUUUUAUAUUGUCUAGUUUAAACUGAGACUUAGCAUAGACCCAAAAUGUGGCCUCGUGUCUAUUAUACUGGAGGAAACUAUGUGGCUGUGAGGAGAACACCUUCCUGGAAUAGACUCGUGAGCCUCUUUUAGGAUGUGCCUUGUGAUGUAGUGCCAGGGCUCCAUCAGGCUGAAUGCUCUGCUGCAGGAGCUGCGGGGUUAAAACUCCUACACCAGUUCAUAGUUCUCACUGCCACUACGUAGAAAAUGGUCUUGCUACAGGUAUUUUCUUGUGCAUGUGUAAAACUGAUACUAAUUUAAACCCAUGGAGUUCCCAGUGACGCGUUAGCUGUCCCCAAAGCCCAUCGAUACCUACUAAAAAAACGAGUCCUCAGUCUGCUUACCUUGUACCUCUUUAUGGGUGGUGGAGGGAUUAAACUGCAGGAGGGUGAACUACUGCUCUGUGCCCUCAAGGGGAGGGAGUGUCUCCUGGCAUGGAUGGGCUACAUGCAGAACCACGUGCAUUCUGUACACCCCUCAUGCUUGGAGAGAGUUCCUCCACGGCAAAAAAUGGAGACCAACCGGUUGUAUUUUUCCUUAGUUCUGGAACUCUGUUACAUGAGCAAACGUAAACCAGCAUUAGAUCCAAUGGAUGUUUUUCCUUCAGCCUGUGUAAAUGGAGUGAUGCUGCCCUGUACCUGCUGUUCUCUGCAUGUGAAGCAGUUGACUGCACAGAAGCGGGUUGGAUUAAGCCAUUUCCAGGCUGGCCAAUAAACAGUUUUUGUAUCUGAUGUUAGUGGUCUUGCUAAUACCUUAAAACCACUGAGGAGAAGUGCCGCCAUCUUAAACUGGAAUUCGUUUCCAAAGCUUUUUGGCAAGGUGAAGCCUGUGCCUUUUUGGCUUGAAGCUGAUCCAACACUGUCUGCUUUUCUGGGCACCCAGCAGUGAGCAGUAUAAACUCUCCACAGAUGCCCAACAGCUGUCAGGGUGGGAGCUAUUUAAAUUUUUUUUAAAUCAUCAGCCCUCUGUCAAGCUGACAAGCACAUUAAAGUGAGACAACUCACAGGUCUCAUCUCAGCAACUACAAACUUACUGUUCUGGCCCCACCCCUGCAGUCUGAGCCCUCCGUGAACCACCUCAGUUACAAAAGCGAUCGGUGCUUAUCCUGUUGAAAUAUGCAGCAGAGGAGGCCUCUUUGGCCAAUAUGAGCUUCUUAAGAUGCACUUGGACUUUUAUGCAUGUUCUGAUGUUUAAUGGGAGAACAGUAUUUCAUUGGUCACUAGUCUUUAUUUAGCCUAAUUUCAGCAGGUUGCCACUGUAAAAAAAGCCAAAACUAUCUGGGGGCAGCCUGCACAGUCUAUCAUGUCUGGUGCUUAGGAUUGGAAACA